AUGGAUGAAGAAAAACAAAGUGAGGAAGACAACGAAGAGGCAACACAAAGUCCCUGGCAAACAGGAGUGCAUCAAAGAGUGGCAGACGAUGCAUGUGAUAUUCAACCUGAAGAAGUAAGCCCACAACCUCGAAGAUCAACAAGAGCACGGAAGUCAAAUCGUAAGUAUGCCAAUGCUGCUGUAGCUGAAGAAGAAAAGUUCAGAAAACUAGAUACAUAUGAAGAAGCAUCCCAGAAUAUCAAAUGGAUAGAAGCUAUGAAAGAAGAGAUAAGUGCACUGGAGAAGAAUCAAACAUGGGAGUUGGUGGAAAAGCCAAAGGAAGUAAAACUCAUUUCCUGGAAAUGGGUAUACAAGGUAAAAACUCAUCCUGAUGGAUCGAUUGAGAGAUAUAAAUUCCAGUUAGUAGCUCGUGGAUUCUCUCAACAGUAUGGGCUAGACUCUGAUGAGACGUUCAACCUAGUUGCCAAGAUUACAACAAUACGAGUCAUGCUGGCGCUUGCAGCAUGUAAAGACUGGAGACUAUGA